UCAAGUACAGUUCACUCUCUCCCUCACUCGCCCCAUUUCUCUCCCCCUCUCCCUUCUUUUCUCUCUCGCUGUCAACAAUGGAGCCGUGGCUUGACGACUUGGCCGACGAUCUCCAAAGCCUAAGCUUCACCUCCACUUCCACCGCCACUAUAAACCGCAGCACCAGCUCAGGCUCCGCCUCCAACUCUGGCUCUUCCUCUCUCGCUCCUUCCGCUCACGGCUCCUUCUCUUCAAAUCCCCUCCGUUCCUGCUCUCUCUCCCUCGCCGACCUCUGCUUCUCCCUCCGCCUCGGCUCCGGCGAUAUAGGCUCCGUCUACUUAGCCGAACUAAAGUCUCAACCCUCACGUCCCGACACCAAUGCCGCCACCGCAAACAAAAACAACAACAAAAGUGAAGCCGUUUUUGCAGCGAAAGUGAUGGACAAGAAAGAGCUAGCGUCGAGGAGUAAAGAAGGGAGAGCGAGGACUGAGUUGGAAAUACUCGAAUUGUUGGACCAUCCUUUUCUGCCCUCGCUUUACGCCGCUAUCGAUUCCCCUAAAUGGCUCUGUUUAUUAACGGAGUUUUGUCCGGGUGGCGAUCUUCACGUCCUUCGUCAACGUCAGCCUCUCAAACGUUUCCCCGAAUCCGCCGUAAGGUUCUAUGCAUCGGAGGUGGUGGUAGCUCUAGAGUACCUUCAUAUGUUGGGGAUUGUUUAUCGUGAUCUGAAGCCUGAAAAUGUGCUUGUUCGAUCAGAUGGUCACAUAAUGCUCACGGAUUUUGACCUCUCGUUAAAAUGCGAUGAUUCUACAUCAACACCCCAGAUUAUUUCUGAUAAAAAACCACCUGUUCCAGCUCCACAAAGCGACUAUCCUAUUGAUCCUCCUCCUUUCACAUCCUCUUCAUGCAUUAUUCCAAGUUGUAUCGUACCUGCUGUGUCAUGUUUCCACCCAAAACGCAAACGCAAAAAGAAGACUGGCCACCGCAGUGGACCUGAGUUUGUGGCCGAGCCCAUUGAUGUUCGGUCCAUGUCUUUUGUUGGUACCCAUGAGUAUUUGGCAUCGGAAAUUGUGUCCGGUGACGGCCAUGGUAGUCCUGUGGAUUGGUGGACACUGGGGAUCUUUAUGUAUGAACUUUUUUAUGGGGUAACACCAUUUAAGGGCGUGGACCAUGAGCUAACCUUAGCUAACAUUGUGGCUCGAGCCCUUGAAUUCCCCAAAGAACCCGCCGUUCCCGCAGCGGCUAAGGAUCUUAUUUCCCAGCUAUUGGUCAAGGAUCCUGGAAGGCGGUUAGGGUCCACAAUGGGUGCAUCAGCCAUCAAGCACCAUCCAUUCUUCCAAGGGGUCAACUGGGCAUUGCUAAGAUGUACAUCCCCACCAUAUGUACCUCCCCCAUUUAUUAGUAAAGAAUUCGUAUCAGAUGAAAGCUGUCCAGAGACCCUAGUGGACUAUUAUUAAUUAGGUGAAGUUAAGGAAUGAUCAGUAAAUAAGAAAAUUUGAAGAAUCGCUAGAGCAUUCAUGUAUAUAAAUGGCGUUUAAAACCAUCCUCUUGGCAAUCACGUUCCCAACUGCUGACGCCGCCAUCUGGGGCCAUGGCCAUCUUUUAGUCUGUUACAUAUAUUUACAUAUUUCAUGGCAGGCAGCACAUAGAUUGUAUGCAUGCAGAUAUAGUAUCUAUUAAUAUAAACCUAAUUUGAGGUUAUCUAAGUAGAGGUCAAUACCGUAGCAUUGGAUCCCGACAAUUCAUAUGUAAACAAUGAUCAAUAUUGACUUGGGGACGGGAAAGCCGGUGGCGCCACGUGAUAGGUUGUCCGCCGAUCACGGAGUGGCCGGAGAAUGGGCAUAACCAUAAGGGAAGGAAAUUACUGCUUUUGUUUGUUUGUGUGUGUUUUGGUUGUGAAAGAUCAUGCCCCCAUGCGAUUUAUUCACUCCUUUAGGGAAAAUGUGGGGCUUUGCCACGACUUUACCCUUUUCCUGAAAGG